AUGGCAAAGAGGGUUGCUCCACCACCACCAUUGAAGAAAUUCCAGUCGUUCAGAGAAACUAUUCGGCAUCUCGAUGAAGCCCAGGAGGUCAACCAGAACUCUUCCCUUCUGUCGAUGUUUGAUGACAUCAUGAAUCAGAUGAAACAAACAACGACAGAAAAGAACGAGCUGGAAGACUGCAUGCUCGUUUUGGCGGAGAAGAUGAUGACUCUCCAACAAAAGUAUCAAAGGCGCGACCAGGACGCGACUUCGAGCACGAAAAAAGUCCGUGAAUUGCAGAAACAGUUGCAGACGGUGACGACGCAACUAAAUCACAACUCCAAGACGGUGUUGAGCUUGGAGACAGAGAACGCCUCUCUCCAAGCCGAAAUCGGGGAGUUGGAAGAUGUCGUCGCGCUCUGCAAAGAAGUGAUCCUGGACAAUGAAGGAGGACAAAUCGGGAGCGCUAUCGGCCCGGAGAAGAAGCAACGGCUGAUCCGGGCGGUCUCCCGACAGAAGUCGAUGAAGCGCCGGCCGAUCCCGCAAAACCGAGUCAUUCACGAGACGUUCGAGGAUGACAGCCAGUACGACUUGCUGGACAACUCGGACGUCAUCGACAGGACGGCGGAGGACGGUCUCGACGAUGACGUGAUGAACUCGUCGCGAUUGAACAUUUCGAUCAACUCGCGAAAGCGGCAAAUGUCGAAGACACUGCGGCGGCGAUCCGGCGAUCGAGAAAGCGAACAGACCGGCGACACGGACUCGUUCUGGAACGUGAAGGCCCCAGUGCGGGCCAAGCUCAAGAUGUCCUCGCUGACGAGCCCGGCCAAGAUGGGAAAAUCGCCCUCGUUUGAAUGCGAAGUUUGCUCCAAAAAGAUCAAAUUCGCGUCCGAAGCGUUCAAGUGCGUGACUUGCCGCUUGGCCGUCCACAGUCAGUGCAGAUUCGACGUUGCCAAAGCUUGCCUGGUCCAGUCCGAAGCCAUCACCACAAAGCGUCCGCUGAUUGAGUACUGCGCGAAUCGCAAUGUACACCCGCUGAUUCCGCAGUUUGUCUACCAAGCAGUUCACGAAGUCGACGCUAGAAUCCUCGAGGAAGGCAUCUACAGAAUCUCCGGAGCGGCGAAAGAAGUCAACGAGCUGAAAAAAAAAAUGAUUUCUGGCCGAGUCACGACGCAGCAUCUGAAGACGAUCACGGACACAAACGUGAUCUGCUCAACGCUGAAGGACUUUUUCCGGAACAUGAUCGAUCAGCCUCUGUUGACCUGGGCGCAGAUGCCGUCGUUCAUCCAAGCCUACAAGGAUGAGAACGCGACGCUGCUGAAGGAUCUCUUCUCCGAGCUGCCCGACGUCCAUCGAGAUACACUCGCAUUUAUGCUCAUUCAUCUGAUUCAGGUUUCCCAACGCUCUGACCAGAACCGAAUGACAAUCGAGGCUAUUUCAAAAAGCGUCGGCCCAAGUCUCAUCGGCUUCGUGACUGAACUGCCCGAUGCCAAUCAAAUCCACGAAGCAUCCAUCUAUCAGCACGGACUUCUGAAAGCACUACUCAACCUGGGCAGUGCUUUCUUCGAAAAGUUCAUGAAAGGUGAUGAUACAGUGACAAGUCCGGUCUCUUCAAUCGCCACAACUUGCGUCACCAACCACUCCUACGACGCAUUUGGCGACAUAAAGACGACUUAUACGAAUAAGUCGAUCCUCGGGAGGGGCUUCCCAGAUGGACGAAAGUCCAACAACAAGAAGCUCUUCUCGUAA